UUGCUGCUUCAGUUUGGCGGGCUUAGCGUCAGUCAACAGUCGUGCAGUCGUGUACUGGCAACCUCGCGGACACGCUUGGCGGGAACUCGCGGCAAACCCACCCCAAAGUUUAUGUGCGCGUGAAACAUGUCCAUAAAAACAGAUUUGAUGAUUUUACGAUGGUUCAUCGUAGUAAAUGUUGCUGUGGGCGCCCGAGGUGCACUGUUGGGUGCGCAGUGUCACUCCAACUCCGAAUGCGCGGUGCGAAACGCGCACUGCACAAACGGACUCUGCGCUUGCGACCCGUACUUCGCUAAAGUCGACAACUCCACGUGUCUUGAGUCAACGCUAUUGGGCUCAGAGUGCGUCGUAUCGGAGCAGUGCACCCUGAAGGUGGCCUACAGUGCUUGUCUGGAAGGCGUGUGCCGCUGCACCGACGGCCAUCUGCAGUUUAGGAAGCAUACAUGUCUUUCUCCUGCACCACCCGGACAUGUCUGCUACAGCAAUGAACACUGUCGACUAUGGGACAGAGAAAGUCAUUGCGAAUUUGUCAUACCCAAUCUGUUUGGUAGAUGCUCCUGCAACGCAUUUUACCGAUUAACAGGCGAUAAAUGUGUGGCACAAAAACCGACCUUGGUCACAGAAGCGGUUGUUGCUGAACAAGAAACCGUGUUAGUGGAUGCCAAUGGCACCAUAUUAGAAAAUACUGUGAGCCAUAAGUCGCCCACGGCAUCCGCAUUUGUAAAUUCUGGGUCCGUGGAUUCUUUACGGCCAGCAAACACGUUCACAGAUUCGUCAGAAGAUGUCAAGCCCAGUAAUUUACCAAUGUUUACAAAUAAGAACGAAAUACUAAGCACACAAGAAGAUAGUCCGCUAAUGCAAGCUGUCAUGAAAGUUCCCGAGCCAACUAAAAAACUGCCUGUGUCAAACCGCAAAGAUGGGGAACCUAACGAAACCGUUGGUAUUGAUGAGUUGACUGCCAAUUUGCAUGCAAAUGAUCAGCCGAUUUAUAGAGUUGUGACGCAACCAUCCUUAGAUAAGAAAAGCAACAAAAAAACCGGAACAUCUAAAGACCAGCAGAAGUACAAAACGGGACAUCAGAAGAAAUCAUCUUUGAAAGAUAAACACCGUAUCCGAGCAGAUUCCGUGGCUGAUAUCGGGCCGGCGUCUCUCGGAAUGCCUUGUUUGACCGACUCACAGUGCCAUCUCGUUGAUCCUUAUACGCGAUGCCUCAACAAACGCUGCGACUGUGCGUAUCGGACUAAUUCCACUUCGGCGUGCUCGGCUAGAAACAGAGGCUGCUUGCCGGGAACAUUCCAGUGCCGUUCGACCGGGGCGUGCAUCAGUUGGUAUUUCGUCUGUGAUGGCCGAAAAGAUUGUCCCGAUGGAUCCGACGAAACUUGUCAAGGUACCGGUAAAGAUGGUACUGGCGAACGGUGUCCCAUGCACGCGUUCCGUUGCGGCGGCGUGGGGUCUCAAUGCGUGUCGCGGGCGGCGCGGUGCGAUGGCACUCCUCAGUGUCCCGGCGGAGAAGACGAGAGAAAUUGCAGGGCUACGAGGAGAAAAGGAUGUCCUCGCCAUACCUUCCGCUGUGGGUCUGGGGAGUGCUUGCCCGAGUAUGAGUUCUGCAAUGCCAUAGUGUCUUGCAAGGAUGGCUCAGACGAACCUAAACACCUUUGCAAUGAGCAAUCACGAUGGCGUGCUGCAGACUUCUGCCCGCUGCGUUGCGGGAAUGGACGCUGCAGAAGUACGGCCGUGGCUUGUUCUGGUCGGGAUGGUUGUGGCGACAACAGUGACGAAAUAGCUUGUACUGUUUGUAAAUGUCCAGCGCCUCAAGAUAAGCCCUGAAUUAGAGUGUAGCUCAACCAUUCUAGUGAACAUUCUUGACUGUCGGAUCUCAACUUAUAGUGCAUUUAUUAUUUGUCAAGUGAGAUCGUUCUAUCUACGAAAUCCGAAGCUGCUCAAAUGGGAAUACUGCCUUAUAAUAUAAUGAGUUCUAUGUAUGUAUAUUUCUUAACAAUUUAACUUCACCUAUAAAUCAAGCAAGUGACAAACAUGACAAGAACCAUAUAGAAGUAAUAUAUGAAUUAAAGUACAUAAGUACACUUAUUUCAUGGGCAUAGAUACUAUGCUUUAUUUAUGUGUCUAACUAUAGCAUAGUGAUUCAUUCUUAACCAGUUUUUUGUGGAGGCAGCUGAACUGGUCCGCGAAUAACGACUUCUAUGGACUUUAUUUGUCACGGUUAUAUAUUCACAUGCUUUGUAAAUAAGAUUGUAUUUUUGCCGUUUAGUCCUUUAUGUCACUGAAAGAUCAAGAAUUACUGCAAUAGGAGAUUGUGUGCUAUGUGCCAAGAACCUAUUUGCCACUCAUUUGCCUGUAAUUCAAACAUUAUUGUACUGUGUAACUUUCUUACAUAAACAUUUGAUUAUUCCUUUUGAAUUGAAUUCAAAAUACCCACAAACAGAUAAGUAGUAGACAUCUUUGCCAUUAUCAAAAUUAAUUUAAAAAAUGAUAAAAGCUUAAUUCACUACAUGUACCGAGUAAAAUUAACGAAUUAGUGCACGAUGCACGUAGAUUCUAUAAAACGUAUACAAUUAAGAAUUAACGAAUUUGAAUAAUUUAUUACAAUUACAGUAGCGAGCAAUAUUCUAUGUAUAGGCAGUGGCACGAUAAUAAUAGAAAUAAAUAGUACGUUUAACUAGGUCAUACUCAAUAAGACUGAGGAGUAAUACUCUGGCUCUAAUUAACGUUUUUAGAAUAAAUAUUACUUAAGUCGGUCUAAGCUAAAUCUGCAGCGAAAUUAAUAACACAGUCUAUUAAAUUGUGACGUUUAAAAUAACAGUUUUAAGUUUUGUGGUGUGAAAAUCGUUGCGGGGUUAGUUUGGGCCGACUUUACCACUGCACUGUAAAUAUUAGUAAAUAAUUUAUAAGUAUGUGUUAAUGCACAGUUUAUAGUAUUAAACAAUAUUAAUAAUAUAUUGCGCAUAAAAAGAUUUUUUUUUACACUUGUCAAUAUUUAUCAUUAUCACUUAUCACUCAUGAUACGUUUAAGUCACUAUUUUAUUGUAACUGCAAUUUUUUGUAUUACACUUUUGACAUAAAUGAACACAAAAUAUGAAGGUAAAAAUAAGUAUCCUUCCUCUUCCACAGUAUUUCACUUUUGUAUAAAUACGACAGAUCUAUCAAACGAUUUUUGUGAAUUAUUUUAUUUUUUAUAAGCUACCGAUACCAUAUCAUUAUAUUAUUAUCAUAUUAUUUAAAGACGACAAUCGCCAUACCUAAGUAAUGACCUACCUACCUAGUACCUAGGGAAUAUGGCCAAAAUUUAAAUAAAAUUAUUCAAUCGUCUUCUCCCUACGAACUAAGCUAAGUAUAUCCUAAACAUUAUUUGUUCACUCAGACCUUGCCUCACUGCAACUUAAUAGUAUUCAAAGUAUAAAAUUAUACAACUAUUUAUAACUGGUAAUAGAUAUAUGCAGCAAAUUUUUAGUAUUAAGUAGGGAUAAAAUUUCAAAUAUUAUGCUAACUAUUCCCUUGGUUUAUUUACUUGCUUAUGUUAUGAAUUGAAUGCUCCAUUAGAUUUAAAUGGUGACAAUUUCUAUCAACGUAAUUUUCUCAAUGUCCUAUGGACAACCGCCAUCGCUUCCCUAUUUCGAAAAAAGAAAAUUAGAACUUUCAGACUGAGAUACGUUUGUAUUUUUUUUGUAUACUACGUCGGUGAUAAACAAGCAUACGGUCCACCUGAUGGAAAGCGGUCACCGUAACCUAUGGACGCCUGCAACUCAAGAAGUGCCACAUGCGCGUUGCCAACCACUCCUUGUACACUCCUUUUUGCUGUGUUACUUAAGUACAAUUUUCACUUUUUCACUUAUUUACUCGUAGUUAACCAUACUCCGUAUAAGGUCUUUCGGCCCGGUACCGCAGCGAACGUGUUAACUCUAAUGGUACUUUUAGAUUAGCAGGGAAGAUCAAGGGGUUGUUGUUAGUAUGAGUCAUAAGAAGUCGAAUACAUUUUUAAUCUGUUGUAUUUAUUGUUAGAACACUUAGCAAAAUUAAUCUGGGCUCUGUGGAAUUAUGCCACAGUAACUUUUGUAGGUAGAUAAGUUAUUAAAGAAUAAAAAAAAAUCAUUUUGAUAAGAUUCUAUGAUAGCCCACAACAAUUGUAUUUUGUUAAGUGUUCAUACCUUAUUUAAGAUAGGUACUGUAAGUUAAUUAAUUAUGGCUCAGUAAUAUUUAUGUUCAGAAUAAAGAUUACCCGUAGUAUUAAACUGAUUGUAAUAUAGCGUGUUUAUGUGUGUGAAUGUGAUAUUUAUUAAAUUACGAUAAAUUAUUAA